AUGAGUCUCGCAAGUCGACCAUACGGCUCUUGUUCAGCACUUGAGUUUUACUUAAACUCUAGUGCAAUGAGCUUUAAUUUAUAUGAAAUGUCCAAAAGCCUUUCUAUGGGACUGCUUUGCGGAUAUCCUUUAAGUAAGAUUCUCUCCCAAAGUACGGUUUUUGGCUCCGAAUGUAUCAGAGAAAAUUUUACAGCCGUGGAACUGAUCGGGGGCGAAGACAUGCCCACUUUUCAAGUCUCGACGUACGGUCUCUAUACCACCAACUCUUUCUUAACCGCACACUUGGAAGACGACGUUCCUGAGACCGCGUGGCUUUUGUCACGACCGUUAUUAAGUAUUGAGCACAAGCCCAGAACGUGCAUUAUGUACCAGGUUGGGAAGCAAGGCGCUAUUGUGCUACUAUGCUGUAUCAAUUUGCUUAAUUACAUUGAUCGCGGCAUCAUUCCGGGAGCCCCGGAAAAGUUUAAUCAUUUUAUUACGAACACCUUAGAUGUGAGCGUUUUGCGCCAGUCCGUGUACUUUGGCCUACUAACUUCUGCAUUUAUCGCCAGCUAUUCGAUCUUUUCCAUCGUAUUUGGCUACUUUGCACUAACGCAUCGACCUUUUCGCAUCAUUGCAUUGGGUAUGACUGUUUGGGUGGUGGCCGUGGCCAUCUGUGGCGUGGCUCAGGCCUCUCAGAGCUAUUACGUACUAAUCAUUGGGCGCCUUGUUAGUGGAGUCGGCGAAGCUUCAUUCCAGUGUACAGCGACACCCUUUAUUAAUCGACACGCACCACCGGCAAAGCGCUCGCUGUAUCUUGGCAUUUACCUGGCUUCCAUUACUGUAGGUACCGCUGUUGGAUACAUCUAUGGAUCUAUUUUCGCCAGCUCGGGUUGCGGCUGGGCAGGGGCCUAUUUUGUGGAAGGCAUUAUCAUGAUUGGAUUUAUCGUCUGCUGUCUUACCAUUGUGCCAGAUGAGCUCAAUCAGAUUCCGGCCCAUAUUGUGGAGCGAGAUGAAAUCGAGCACAAGCAAAGCUCGGUGGCGAUAGUGCCAAACACUCCUGACGACGAGGAGAAGGCACGAACAACAGUGUUUUGGGAAGAUCAAGACCGCAGUCAACCCUUGGAAAAGCCAUCUUUUCUCGAAGAAUGGUGGGCCAUCUUUACGUGCUGGCCAUUCAUGCUAAUUAUUCUUGGACAUGCAGCCUAUACAUUCUCUCUAGCGGCUAUGAGUACCUUUAGUCCAGCGAUUUUCAUCGGAUUACGACUUUUUGAGGAUGAGACAACCGUGUCACUUAUCUUUGGUGGUCUUGUGGCUAUCACUGGUACUAUCGGUACGCCACUGGGUGGCAUUCUAGUCGACUACUUGGCAAAAAAGAAACCUGAUGAAAUCGGACGUCGCUGCGUGAUCUCGGUUAAAGCACUGUUUUAUUUCAUGGUGGCCGCGGUCGCGUUUGGGCUUGUGAUGGUGGCAUUUACCAGCCUUAAAGUGAUAUGCUUAAUCUUUCUUACCCUCUGUUUGUUCUGCAUGUGUGCUCUCACCGUUCCCGAGACGAUUGCCAUACUUGAACUCUUUCCAGAGUCGCGUCGAUCAAUGGCGGUUGCAGCAAAUACACUAGUAAUCCAUGCUUUAGGAGACGUGCCAUCUCCGAUCAUUCUGGGUGCGAUCAAGGAUGCAUGGGCGCCUGAUUGUGGCACCGUUGAGAUUGAUGGUGAGGCAGGGCUUAAUCCAGCUUGUGCAGAAGACCAUGUUGGUCUUCGAAAUGUGCUGCUCUUUGCCGUCCUUUGGCUUGUUUGGGGUGUCAUUUUUUGGGGUGUCGCUGUCAUUGUCUUAAAACAAAAACAAGAGGAGGAGAAGCGACAUGCGGCGCGAAGAGGCUUGAUGGUCAGCGCCUUGUAA